UGUUGACGUAAAACAGAUGACGUUUUGAUCUUUUUUAAAUAACAAAUUCAGAAAAGUUUUUAAAUAAUUCUCGAUAAAAUAUGUUAAAACUGUAUUCAGUAUCAUACAUCAAUUAUUUCUACUCAUAUUAAUACCAUGGAAUUUUUAUCAACACUGUGGACUUCGUUAUUAUAUCUUAUAGGAGCGGGCGUCUGUCUUUUGAUUUUGCUUUCAAUUUUCCUCUAUGUAACAACCAAACCAUAUCCAAUUGUAAAGAGGUUUAAAGACGAGGAGACAUUUUUUGAUCCAGUAACUAAAAGCAGAAUAAAACUGCCAAGCAUUAAUGAGUCUUCCACUUUAAAUCUCUCUGUUAUAGUUCCUGCUUACAAUGAAGAAGAGAGAUUACCGCCAAUGCUUGAUGAAACAUUGGAGUUCUUAGAGAAUAGAAUAAAACAGCAUUCCUCAUAUAAAUAUGAAAUUAUCAUUGUCAGUGAUGGAAGUAAAGACAAAACAGUACAAGUUGCACAAACUUAUGCAGAGAAAUAUGGCAGUGAAAAAUUAAGAUGCCUUGAACUUGUUGAGAACAGAGGGAAAGGUGGUGCUGUACGGUUGGGUAUACAAAAUGCCAGAGGUGCCACCAUAUUAUUUGCUGAUGCAGAUGGUGCAUCUAAAUUUGAAGAUUUAGUUAAAUUGGAAUCAGCAUUAAAGGAUAUCAUUCAAUGUGAUCCAAUCACAGACCCUGAACAUGUUAGUGCGAAAGUUGGUUUAGCUAUUGGGUCUAGGGCUCAUCUUGAAAAGGAAUCUUUAGCAACAAGAAGUCUUUUUAGGAAUAUUCUGAUGUACGGUUUCCACUUCCUGGUGUGGUUGUUUACUGUAAAAGGUAUUAAAGAUACACAAUGUGGCUUUAAAUUGUUCACAAGGAAAGCUGCAGAUAUAUGCUUCCAAAGUCUUCAUGUGAACCGAUGGGCGUUUGACGUAGAAUUAUUGUAUAUCGCACAAAAAUUAAACAUUCCAAUAGCUGAGAUACCAAUAAGAUGGACGGAAAUAGAGGGGUCUAAAGUGACUCCAAUAAUAUCUUGGAUACAAAUGGGAUGUGACCUUGGUCUCAUCUGGUUGAAAUACACAAUCGGAGCGUGGAAGAUAAAAAGUGAUAAAAUAGACUAAGUUGAACUAUUAUUUGCAUUUAUAUACAAGUUAUAGAUAUUUAUUUUUCAAUUAUAUUUCAUCUUUGAACAGCUUUUAUUCAAUAUCAAAUGAAUGUAAAUAAAUAAAACUCAAUUUAUAUA